AUUGCCCCGGCCCUCCCCUGUGAUCAGAUUACACAGGAGCCCAGCCGAUGGACCACAACUGCACCGCGGCCCCCAGCCUCUCUGUGGGAAGCUAUGAAUGCAUCUCUGACCCGGGAUUUCCCAUAAGGCCGUGCACGUGUCCAAACGGGGCUCGGAGACUUGUCACGUCCUGCUCGAAGAUAGUACUCUCCCUCGUCCUCACCCUCAUCCUCACCCUCAUCCUCACCCUCGUCCUCACCCUCGUCCUAACGUGUGUCCACAGCUCCCUCAAUUCAUCCGUGACAUAGUUGAAAUUCUCUCCCAAGACGAACUGUUUGAAACAACAAUGACAUAAGCGAAUUAUGGACACUAAAGAUGUGCUCCAGAUCGUUCUGCAGAUCGACAGACUAAAUGAACAGAGACGCUACAGCGACGUGUUGGUUCUUCUCAGUGACCUGGGGAAACGGCACGUCUCAGCCGAACAACUGGAAACCACGGACACUAUCAAAGUCUUAUACCGAGUCCUCAAAUCCUGCAAAAACAACAAUGUGAAAAAGAUUUUGAAGAGUAUACUGGCGAAAUGGAAAAAGGAAUACAGCAAGGAAAGAGAUUUGAAGCUGGAGCAACUUGGAAAGACUGAUUUGGCUUCAAAAAGUGAGAUUGAACCCACAGUGGAACAGAAAGUGAAUCAUUCUGAAACAGUUUCUUCAAAUUUAUCACCUGUUCGAUCUAAAUGUGUCCAACUUCUUCUGUCUGCACUUUGCGUCCAACCUAGUGACCACAACCAAACUUCAAAACUCGCUGAAGACAUUGAACACCACAUUUAUGAAACACACAAAUCAAACACACCCAAAUAUAAAAGUUGCGUUCGAAGUAAGAUCUCUAACCUGAAGAAUCCCAAAAGCGGCCAUCUUAGAGAGGGACUUUUAAAUGGAUCACUGUCACCUAAAGUUUUUGCUGCAAUGUCAACAGAAGAAAUGGCAAGUCCAGAUUUGAAACAGUUAAGGCAAGAAUACUCAUUUCAAAGUGUGAAUGAAAGACAACUGCCUCAGAGUGUAGAAGGGACGCCCACUCAGAAGAUCCGGUGUAAACGAUGCGACAGUAUGGAGUGUAGGGUGACCCAGGUGUCUCGGGGGGCGCUGUUCCUGCCGGCUUGGGUCAAACAGAGCGGACCGGACGAUUCAAUGACAUUUGUGACGUGUAGCGCGUGUGGGCAGCAGUGGUACCAUAACAACUGGGUUUGCCUUUGAAAAUCAUGAGUAAAUGUACUUUCAAAUCACAGUUUCAUUUUGAAAUGGGAUGUAAA